AUCCCGUGUCUGGGCCCGGACAGCGGAGCCGCGUUUCCGACCGUCAGCUAUGACCAGCUGGAGAAAAUUCCAUAACCUACCAACCCAAAUCCGCCACGUGCGCUCUACGAUAUUUUAUUGUAAGAGCGAAUAAUUCCCGGAAUAUUUAUUUUUUCCCCUCGGUUGUUGACGCUUCUAGGACAGCGCAUGCCCGGGCCGGUGACCAUGGCGGUUAGGAAUCAGAGUGCCCCGCGGGUAUAUAUACCUGCCUCCAUCGGUCCUGGGUUCCAGUUCCACGCCCCCUUCUCUCCUGCCUCCCCCUCUCCGAUUCCCUUCGCGCGGAGGGAUUCCGAGGACUCCUGUGCUCGUCGUCCUCGCUCCGUCGGCCUGAUGCCUUCUUCUCCGUUCGUGGGGCGCACCAUUCUCGUGACCGGAGGGGCCGGGUACAUCGGCAGCCACACGGUGCUGCAGCUCCUGAAAGGGUGUUUCCGCGUCGUCGUGGUGGAUAACCUGGAUAACUCAUCGCUGGUCGCAGUGGAGCGGGUUAGAGAGCUCGCCGGAGAGUUUGGCAAGAACCUUGCGUUCCAUCGGGUUGAUCUUCGAGACAGGAAAGCACUGGAGAAAAUUUUUUCAUCAAACAAGUUUGAUGCUGUUAUACACUUCGCUGGACUAAAAGCUGUUGGUGAAAGUGUUAAAGAACCUUUACUUUAUUACAAUAACAACCUCAUCGGCACAAUCAAUUUACUUGAAGUAAUGGCUGAAAAUGGAUGCAAAAAGCUGGUAUUCUCCUCAUCAGCAACUGUUUAUGGGUGGCCCAAGGAGGUACCCUGUACAGAAGAAUUUCCUCUAAGUGCAAUGAACCCAUAUGGACGAACCAAGCUUAUGACUGAAGAUAUCUGUCGUGAUAUCUGUCAAAGUGACGGUGAAUGGGAUGUAAUACUGCUAAGAUAUUUUAAUCCUGUUGGAGCACAUCCCAGUGGAUACAUUGGUGAAGAUCCUCAAGGAAUUCCUAAUAAUCUCAUGCCUUUUGUACAACAAGUAGCCGUUGGAAGAAGAUCUGUCCUUACAGUAUAUGGAAAUGAUUAUUCAACUAAGGAUGGCACUGGGGUAAGGGACUACAUUCAUGUGGUUGAUUUAGCCGAGGGACAUAUUGCAGCCCUGCAGAAGAUAUUUGAGGGUUCUAAGAUAGGAUGUGAAGUCUAUAAUCUAGGAACUGGGAGAGGGACAUCGGUUCUUGAGAUGGUAGCAGCUUUUGAGAAGGCUUCUGGAAAGAAAAUUCCUUUGCUCAUGGCUGCACGGCGACCAGGUGAUGCUGCAAUUGUUUACGCAUCCACUGCCAAAGCAGAGAAGGAACUACGUUGGAAGGCUAAGUAUGGCAUUGAAGAGAUGUGUCAAGAUCAAUGGAAUUGGGCUAGCAAAAACCCAUGGGGGUUUGGAUCACCCGAGACUGCUAAUGAAAAUCAACCUACUUGUAGAUUACCUGAAACUACAAAUGCAAAGCACCAUACUGGUGGAUUGCCUAAGAUUAUUAAUGGAAAGCAUCAUAUUCAUCAUGAAUCACUAGAGAGUUCUUACUGGAAACCCACCGCUGUUGGAUUGACUGCAAUAGCUAAUAAGAAGCAUGCCACUUGUGAUUUGGCUGCUGUUGCUAAUGGGAAGUAUGCUUCUUAUGGACCAACUGAAACUACCAGUAAGAAGCAUGUUAGUUGUGGUCCAACUGAAACUACCAGUAAGAAGCAUGUUAGUUGUGGACCAACUGAAACUACUAAUGUGGAGCACGUUACUCUUGGAUCAUUUGAGACAACUAAUGAGAAUUGCCCAAUUUAUGUGUUACCUAAGAAUGGGAAACACUUCACAUUUGGAUCGUUCAAGAAUGGUCACCACCAGCAGCCUAUUUAUGGAUUGUCUGAGAUUGCUAAUGGGAAGCACAUUACUUUCGGAUCAUUUGAGGAUGCAAGGGGAAAGCACCAUGUUGAUAGAUCACCUGAGGUUGCCAGUGGAAAAGACCUUAACUAUGGAUUGUUUGGCACGAACAAUGGGAAUCACCUUAGUUUCGAAGUGCCAAAGCUUCUCAACAGAGAACCUAUUUUCCAGUAGUGUCAGUUCUUGAAUGGAUCCAGAAAAUACAUAUUCUCAGUGAAAAACUUCCGGACAGUCAGUUAUUCCCGACACCACAAGUAGCGAUGACUAAUCGACGAUUUGAUUUGAUAUAGAGGCAGCAUAGAUCCAGAUGAUAUUGAUUCUUAAGUUAGGUGUCUAUUUGUGAAUAGGCAUGCUUCUAUGAUUGAAGUAGCAGUAUAAUUAAAGGUACCAUUAUUUUGUUCUUUCUUUGAGGUCCAUUCUUUGUUGCCCUUGCUGGCUUGUGUCAUCUUAUUAGACUAGCAUAAGACCUGAUAUUCGCAACCAUUAUUUGUAAAUUUUCUAUUUGAUCUUAUCCACAGUUGGGCAGUUGCUACCUUAAUACAAUUUGAUGAUGAUGA